AAUGGCUUAUGCUGUCACUGGCCCUGAUAAACCCAACAAAGAUACGGCGUUAGCUGUCAACGGCCCUGUAAACCCCCAAGAAGUAGUAUUGUGGCUUAUUUCCGUUGGGUUCUUAGGUUCCUUCCAAGGUUCUUUCCUGUAAAGUGACCUACUACAACCGGCUAACCUGCAGUCACCUAUUUACAGGAUGCAACCCACAUCAGUCGGCUAACACCCAAGUACCUACUUACUGCUAGGUGAACAGGGAAGCAGGUGUAUUAAGGAAACACACCCAGUGUUUCCACCUGGACCAGGGAUCAAACCACAGACACUCAACACAUACGCUCUACCCGAGCUACAGGAAACCUUGACGGGUACACUAGUCAAACAUCUCUUGAAACUCCUGCGCUUCAUCAGAGUGCUGGAAAUCCCAGAGAUGGAGGUAGCCUGUCUGCGACAAGGUCUACUGAGAUACACUUGGAGGAAGCUCUCUGCAAGGAUCAAUUUUUCUAAUGUGACAAGCCAGCCAGCUUUUGUUACUGCUAAGCAAGAGAGGUCAAAAGUGCCACAACACCCAGUUAGUCCUAGUAUCAAUGAAGAUCUCCCACCAAAGACAGAAGUGGAUCUUCAACUAGUGCAGCGGCUAGAAAAACUAUCACUCGUUGAUUUUGUAAACAAGGAAGGUCUUACCCGGUUGGAGGCUGCAAUAAGCAUGGCCGAUCAGCUGUGUGUGGUGAACACAGAGGGUGUGGAGCCCAUGAUUACUGUACUUGAGGAUAGGUCUUUGCCACUUGCAGAAGAUGAAGUACAUUCUGGUGACUUGAGUGAGGAGCUGCUAGCUUGUGCACAAGAGACUCUCGAGGACUACUUCGUGGUGCCACCUGGCAACAUCACUUACUCGGAAGAAAAAGGGUAUUAUCGUGAACUGGAUCAAGGCGAAGAGGACAUAUGAAGACUGCAGCAUUGCUAGUUGUAAUAUUUUGACUUGUAAAGUAGCUCUUAGAAGGGUAUAUACACCAAGUGGUGUGUAUAUUUGCUGGGAGUUCACUUUGAUCCCUACUUUAGGGGUUAAUGUAUCAUUGAAUGGGGGUUUAUAGGUAACAUGCAGCUUAUAUACCCUUGUAGUUAAUAAACUUUAAACCUAAUAAAUGAACCAAUCAACAGUAUCUCUCAUGUACCUGCAACUGGAUUCAAGAGUUCUGCCCUUUAGGCUUGUACUUCUAAUAAGAAUUCAAUACUUUUCAGCAUAACAUGAUGUGCAACAUGAACAAAAAGGCACAAUACCAUGACUGGAACAAUACACAAAUUAUCCUGCACAUAGGACAGAGGAGCUUAGGACAACAUUUCAGAGGAACUUGCGUCAUUGUAAGCUCCUCUCUCCUAUGUGUAUGUUAUUUGUGUAAUGUGCAACAUGGUUUAACACAUUUAGGGUUCUGAAGACUAGACUCAGUUUAGUAUGUGUAAUAUAUUUCAAAUAAACUUUUGUUUAAAA